ACCUGUUACUAGCUCGACCGGUUGAGCAGGAAGAAUGCACCUGUUACUAAUCCAAGUCGUUUCAUGCCCUAUUGUUUCCGGUGUCUAGGGCCAAAACUCAGUUGUGCACUUCAAGCUACCGUAGGACAAAACGCUAAAAUCCUAUAUCCUGCUAUAGGGAAUGGCACAUUUUUGGAUCACAAUUGGUGUGUACCUGUCGAUUUGCUAUAUUUGCUCUGGGUAUGCCAGAGAGGAAGCAUGCAAAUGGAAUCUGAAUGCUGAGUUGGGUUUAGACCCGCAGUCUUUCGAUGAUGGCGCUAGCUACAUUGCCCACCUGCCGAAUAUUUCCGACAGCAUUGGUUGCCAGUCGGCAUGCUGUCGUAGGGGAGAUUGCCAGCUUGCCAUACUUGGGACUCCAGCUGAUGGGACAGCUGAAUGUUUCCUCGUGAGCUGUGUAAACGAUGGAAAGGAUGUCUGCGUUCUCCGACCCAGUUCGCAGUUCCAAGUUUUCAGGAAAAUGUCAGUGUCACCUGCUCAACCAACUGAAGGCUACGCACGUCUUCACACCUGUACAGAGUGCUGCACAUCCCCACAGCUGGUAGGUCCCUGUAAGGCUGCCCACCUUCGUUUCUACUAUGACAUCAACACACGGAGCUGUAAGAGCUUCAUUUAUGGUGGGUGUCAGGGCAACUCCAACAACUUUGUGUCUCAAGAAGAAUGUGAGUCAACUUGCGGAGGUGUAAUUGCCAAGGAUAUCCCUAACCCAAAGAAGUCUGUUGAUAUUAAGCCCAAGGACCCUGCUGAUCACUGCUUGAUACCUUCGGAUCCAGGAAGAUGCCGUGCUGCCUUUCCAAUGUUUUACUAUGACUCCAAAACCAGGUCCUGCCGCCAAUUCAUCUAUGGUGGCUGUGGUGGCAAUGCUAACCGCUUCACUUCUGAGGAGUAUUGUAUGAAGACAUGUCAAGGGCAGGAAGGCCAUUUCCAGGAGCGUGGUUCAACCCGUGAUCGCUGGACUCCAGCCUUCUUUCUAGUGGCCACAGUAGCAGUCAUAUCUGCAUUGCUUCUGGCAGGCCUGAUUUCCAUGUCUGUCCGCAAAUUCAAGCUGACCCAUCUCUCCCCUCUGGAUGAUAAAGAGGAUUUGCUGCCAGAGGAAGAGCUUCCAUCUUACAUGGACACAGCUUAGUGACAUCUCCACCGACUUAUUACCGACUUAUGUUAUCUACACACACAUCUAUCUUAAACACUUCUAGGAUGAACAGAAUAAAUGUGUUUUCAAUAACCUUUAUGAAACAAUCAUCAUUUUAACAAGGAAAAACGAUGAGACUUUAAGGAGCAAGAGGAACUCAUUUUAUUAAAUCAUAAAGAUUACCUGAGUUAUUGAUUUUAAAAUAUUUCAUGUCUUAAAUGUGUGCCAUUUUUAAGUUUCUAUAGCAUGUCAUGUGGUGUCAUUGUAACAAACUGAUAAUAAAGUUAAUUCCCUAA